CAUCAAAUUCAGAACAAGUUAUUGGACGCGGUUGACCGAUAUAAUCAAGUCGUGAUAUCUUUUUAUAAAAAAGUUGAAUGAAAAGAGUUUAUUCUAUUGAUUCUUUUCUAUUUUUAUGAUUAAUUAGAUUAAUAAUCGUUUAUUUGUGCUAAAUUUAUCUGUUAUUUUGAGUUGAAUAGUCUGCAAAACUGAGGAAAAUGAAUCCUGAGUGUGGAGUGCAGAACCCGGGAUUCAUUGGAGACGAUGGAUUCAGUAAAAUUGACCUCAGGAGAGUCGACAAUGACAUCACUCAGAAAGAUCCCAAUCGCGCUCUGGAGCUGGACAAACUCCCCCCCUCUAGUCAGCCCCCACAAACCCCGCAAACCCCCCCUGAAGAGACCCGACCAACGUGGAGCAACAGUUGGGAAUUCCUCAUGUCCUGCAUAGCAAUGUCAAUAGGUCUGGGCAACGUCUGGCGUUUUCCCUUCACGGCAUACGAGAACGGCGGAGGUGCCUUCCUAAUUCCCUACAUAAUCGUGUUGUUUCUCGUGGGAAAGCCCUUCUACUACCUAGAGAUGAUACUCGGCCAGUUUACGAGCAGAUCCUCCGUGAAGAUGUGGUCGGCAGUGCCAGCCUUCAGAGGAGUCGGCUGGGCACAGAUGUUCUCCAUGGUAUCAGUGGCCACCUACUAUUGCUCCCUGAUGUCCAUCACUCUUAUUUAUUUAUUCAGUAGCUUCAGCGCAGAAUUACCUUGGGCCGCUUGUCUCCCUGAGUGGGGGGACAACUGCAUGCAUUCGGGGAAGUCCAAUGUCACUCGCAAUUCUUCGAUUGACGUUGGAACUAUGAAGAGUUCUGCUGAACUUUAUUUUUCAAAGAUCGUGCUAAAGGAAAAAUUCAAUAUUGACGAUGGAAUCGGCCUGCCAGACUGGAAGUUGACCAUGUGCCUCUUCGCAGCUUGGGCCUGCAUAUUCGGCGUCCUAGCCAAGGGUGUCAAGAGCUCGGGGAAAGCAGCCUACUUCCUCGCAAUCUUCCCAUACAUAAUCAUGAUAGCUCUGCUGAUUAGGGCUGUUACUCUCGAAGGUGCAAUCAACGGAAUCAUCUUCUUCAUAAAACCUAAUUGGGAUAAGCUGUUCGAUCCCAAUGUGUGGUAUGCCGCUGUCACUCAGUGCUUCUUCUCGCUCUCUGUGUGCUUCGGCGGAGUUGUUAUGUACUCUUCGUAUAAUGAUUUCCGUCAUAAUAUUUACAGAGAUGUUAUAGUCGUCACCACCUUGGAUACCUUCACAAGUCUCAUGGCAGGCUUCACAAUAUUCGGAAUCUUGGGCAAUUUGGCCCACGAGCUCGGAACCGACGACGUCAGCAACGUCGUGAAAGGUGGAACAGGUUUAGCAUUUGUGUCUUAUCCAGACGCCAUUGCUAAAUUCAACAUACUCCCUCAGGUUUUCUCAUUUCUCUUCUUCCUGAUGCUGUACGUUCUGGGGAUCGGCAGUGCUAUUGCCCUCACUGGAGGAAUCAUCAGCAUCAUCUGUGAUCAGUUUCCGAGAAUCAAGUAUUGGUAUGUUGUCCUUGGCACUUGCAUUUUUGGAUUCUGUGUGGGAACUCUCUACUGCACACCGGGAGGUCAGUUCAUGCUCAGUCUUGUUGACUACUAUGCCGCGUCAUUCAUCGUCUUCUGCCUGGCGACACUGGAAAUCACCGGAAUUUUCUGGAUCUACGGCCUUGAAAAUUUCCUCAGUGACACUGAAUUCAUGUUGAAAAAACGACCCGGCGUCUACUGGAGAUUCUGCUGGGGCAUUGCAACACCUCUAGUACUCGCUACAAUCCUUAUCUACACUAUUGCUACACUAACUCCACUCACUUAUGGAGGAGUUUACUACCCCGAUAGUGCAUAUGCUGCUGGGUGGACAGUGCUAUCAUUCGGAGUUCUUCAAAUUCCAUUUUGGAUGGCAUACACAUUCCUCAAAAACCGUCAUUUAGGUCUAUAUGAGAUGUUCGAGGCAUCAUUUCUUCCCACCGCCCUCUGGGGUCCCCGAUCCUCCGCCGAACGCGCCGCAUGGAAACAAUUCAAGGAAACAUUACGAAAAAAGCAAGCGACAAGAACAAGUUCGAAGCUCAAGCAAUUCAUUUACGUUGUUUUUUGUCAAGAGGAUAAGCUAACGUAAAAACCAAAUAAUCCCUUCCCCGACGAUUGUAAAUAUUCAUCUCUAGAUUCACAUAGUGGUAAAAUUGUACAGCCUUCAGUAUUAUAACUUCCACGACGAGCAAUAAUUGCGAAAGAUAAAUAAAUGAACUGUGAUUCUUUUUCAAUGACGUGAAAUAAUCCAUCCUUCAAGUCAAAAUGAAGCAAGACUACACCAGUGUUACAUCAAAUGUAGUGAUUAUUUCAUCAGUCUGUCGUCUAUCACUUCAAUUCAAUUACCAUGAUAUUACGAUACUAUGUUAUAGGUGUUUAAUGUAGAUGUGUAAAGAUUAUCAAAAAGCCUUCGAAAAUUUGUUUCAUUGUUACUAUUUCAUGUUGUUACUUGAAGGAAAUAUCUCGCUCUGUCUUCGUAUGAAAUAAAAUUACGUUUUCUAUA